CGCCUGUCUCCUCCUACGACAUGCACGAAAGUUGGCCACUUAAACUACUUCUAACCAGGCAGCAGACAUUAUACUGAACCCAAACUACGCCAGGGGAAAAGAAUAACAGUGCUUUUCUGCAACUCUGAUAUACAACUUCGUGUGCAACUGCGCUAUUUUGCAGAUUGCAUUUUUAUUUGGCUGCUGUUGUUUGCUUUUAUUUUGGCGUCGCAGCAGAGGAGAGCAUCACUUUUAUUUUUCUCUGCUUGAAGAAGGGCUCGUCCGGUUUCUCCACCUGGGAUUUGGAUUUGACAGCAGACUCUUUUUGAGCACUGUUGAAGGCAUUCCGUUUCUUUUACUUGGACUUUGUGACAGUAACGGGUUCGAGUACAUUUUGUUGUUCGUGUCAGUAGCUACAUGAUGGCUACUUUACCCGGAACUAUGCCUCGUAUGAUGCGCCCUGCGCCAGGCCAGAACUACCCCCGAACCGGCUUCCCCCUGGAAGUGUCCACCCCUCUGGGCCAAGGGAGGGUGAACCAGCUUGGCGGCGUGUUCAUCAACGGGAGGCCCUUGCCAAAUCACAUCCGACACAAGAUAGUGGAGAUGGCCCACCACGGCAUCCGACCCUGUGUAAUCUCGCGACAACUGCGAGUUUCUCACGGUUGUGUCUCCAAGAUCCUCUGCCGAUACCAGGAGACCGGCUCGAUCCGUCCAGGGGCCAUCGGAGGCAGCAAGCCCAGGCAGGUGGCAACUCCUGACGUGGAGAAGCGGAUCGAGGAGUACAAGAGAGAGAACCCGGGGAUGUUCAGCUGGGAGAUCCGGGAUAAGCUGCUGAAGGACGGGGUGUGCGACAGAAGCACGGUUCCUUCAGGUGAGGCUUCAUCUGUGAGCUCCAUCAGCCGCGUUUUGAGGGCCCGAUUUGGCAAAAAAGAUGACGAGGAUGACUGUGAUAAGAAGGAUGAAGAUGGAGAAAGGAAAACAAAGCAUAGCAUCGAUGGCAUCCUCGGUGAUAAAUGUAACCGCACAGACGAAGGUUCAGAUGUGGACUCGGAGCCUGACCUGCCCCUGAAGAGGAAGCAGAGACGCAGCCGCACUACCUUCACAGCCGAGCAGCUGGAGGAGUUGGAGAAGGCCUUUGAGAGGACACAUUACCCCGACAUCUACACCCGAGAGGAGCUUGCCCAGAGGACCAAACUCACAGAGGCCAGAGUGCAGGUGUGGUUCAGCAACAGGCGGGCUCGGUGGCGCAAACAAGCUGGAGCCAAUCAGCUUGCAGCCUUCAACCACCUGCUUCCUGGAGGAUUCCCGCCCACAGGGAUGCCAACUUUACCCACAUACCAGCUACCAGAUUCAGGCUACCCCGGCACAUUAUCCCAGGAGGGCAGCACAUUGCACAGACCCCAGCCCCUGCCUCCAUCCUCCAUGCACCAGGGAGGUCUGAGCACUGACAGCGGCGCCGCUUACGGCCUCUCAUCCAACCGACACAGCUUCUCCAGCUACUCCGACACCUUCAUGAGCCCCUCGGCCUCCAGCAACCACAUGAACUCAGUCGGCAACGGCCUCUCCCCGCAGGUGAUGAGCAUCCUGAGCAACCCCAGCGCCGUGCCCUCCCAGCCCCAGCAUGACUUCUCCAUUUCCCCCCUGCACAGCAGCCUGGAGAGCUCCAACCCCAUCUCGGCCAGCUGCAGCCAGCGCUCCGACACCAUCAAGAGUGUGGACAGCCUGGCCUCCUCCCAGUCCUACUGCCCCCCCACCUACAGCGCCACCAGCUACAGCGUGGACCCUGUCACUGCAGGCUACCAGUACAGCCAAUAUGGGCAGACUGCUGUUGACUACCUGGCGAAGAACGUCAGCUUGUCCACCCAGAGGAGGAUGAAACUUGGGGACCACUCAGCUGUGCUGGGGCUUCUACAGGUGGAGACGGGACAGGCCUACUGAAACCCUCUGGAACCUGUGUGCACCAACCUUCUUCACCCUCUGCCACCUUCAUGCUCCAUCAAGCCUGGACUCAAACUCCAGCUCGCUCUGCAGCCAUGACAUCAGCGCACAGACACACAGCAGACAGUGACGCUUUGCAGGUGUGAGAAGGCACUUCUGGGAAGGGAAUCAAACUUUUUCACGCCAUUGGCAACAACCAGGCGGCCCUGCACCCGUUCUAAUUCAUAUUUCGGCGUCUCUGCCUGCUUCCUAUACUCCUUUCCCAGCCCAAAAACCCUGUUUUGUUUAGCUCAGAAGGCCAGACAGGACCCCGAAGCACCCGGGGAUUGUCGGCCACAUUGGCCUUUCUCCCUCUUUAUCAUGGCUGCAGUCCAGCACACAUUCAGAGCCAUCAACAACAUGUACUUUGACCUUGCUGUUCAUAGUAGUUAACAAAGCCAAUAUCAUUUGAACGACUCUUCUUCUUGUUCCUUUUUGAUAUUGUUAAGAUUAUUGUUGCUGUUAUAUGAUUAUGGUUAAUGUGAUUUAUGUUGUUCUUUGAUUCCACUUGUAUCACUUUUUCCCUGUUAGAUGUUGGUUCGUAAAACACAGCACGGAUGAGAUGAUUUAAGAGUGUGUGUCUGUUGCGUGUGCAUGUUUCUCUGUGUGUCGCACAGUCUCAAAAGAGAGGAUGAUUGUUUUCCAAGCUGCUGCUGCUCCUCUGCCUGUUCCCUGAGCUCUAAUGUUCAUGAGCGAUUUGACCUUCCCACUUUCAUAUUCGUCUUGACAUUCCUAAAGAACUUGGCCACUCUGUGGGAAGUCUGGCUGGAUGGAUUCUGCAGGGAAUUAAAGCAACGUUUUGGCCGCCAAAAGCUUUCCCCUUCUAACCUCCAUCCCAUCCUUAGCUGCGGUCCGUGGGGAGGGGGGCAUUGUUUGCAAAAACAGGAUUGGGGAAAUUAAUGUAUUUUGUUUAGAAAUAUGGACCUUGCCAAGGAGGGCUAACUCAAAUCCCCCCCUCCACCCAAAUCCCAUCUGCCAGGAAACCCUGUGUGACUUUAAAGCAGAUUAAAUCACACAGAAAUAAUUUCAGAGCUAAUUCACAGUGACCCGUCUUAUUACUAUUCAGUAUUUCUGUUUUUAGAGCCUAAUUAGCACAUUUUGUAAAUGCACCUUCAGCUGGUUUCCACUCUCUCGGACUCAAUAAGCAUUCCUCUAAACAUUCCUCACGCUCCGUCUACAAAUAUACUAAAAGCAUUCCAACGCUCUCUGUUAUGAGAUUAAAAACUACACAAGCUGUGCCAUUCACAUGCACUGUGGAAAAUCUUGUAAUCCAGUCAGAAGUGAAAGGGCACAGGUAACACCGCUGAUUGCCCCCCCCCCCCCCCCCCCCCCCCAUCUCUGGUUUUAGACCGGAGCCCUCUUCUAAUCCUAACGGAAAUGUACAAAAAUGAGAAAAAAGAUUAAGGACUAGCGGGCAUGAGACAUUUGUGUAGCACUCAUAGUUGACUUUUGACACGAUCCAGGACCAGCUGUUCCCUUGAGAUGUGUAUGUUUUUUUUUUUUUUUUAUUUACACCAGCAUCCAUGUGACGAUGCUGAUGUAUACGGAAAGGAUUUGGUCCUUAGUCGCUUUUAAAACCUGAACCCUGUACAGUAGCUGGAGCAGAUUGUGUAUUGUUUGUUUAUAAAAAAGUAUGUUUUAUACUAAAACAGAACUAUGAUGAGUGAUAGGUAAGUGAGGGAUCUCUGUGGAAGUUAAUGUUUGAUUUCAGUUUCUUUAUCUGGCUUGUUUUCUGUUCAGUUUUUUUUAUUGUAUUCAAUUGGUUUUCUUGAUUUUUUAACCAAAAGUUUUUUUUUUUUUGUUGGGGCCCAUGUAAGAAUGAAUUUGUAUAAAUUAGUAAAAUAUAAAUUCCAUUAAAAAUGUUCCAGUUGUACAAAAGAGGAUCAAACUGAGCUCAAACUGAACUCCAUGGACCACACAGGGACCAAUGUAUAUUUAAAGGUGGUUAAAUGAAACGUCCUCAUGCGUAUUUUGAAGGUGUUUCAGACCACCUGAUCUUAAAGACUGCAUACAUGAGUGCAGACCAGACUUGACUGGACCCUGGACCCUCUGAGACUUUGGUGUGAUAGUCCACCAGCGGUUCACAAGCACAACGAGGAUAACAAUGAAGCUGGCCAAGAAGUCCUCUCCGCUCUGGGAAACUGACUCAAGUCACGUUUGAUUUGUUGGACCAAUAAGACUCCAGGAGAGACAAAGUCACAGAAACGCUGACUCCGCACUGAACUGCAGCAGUCCGAGCUGCUCCCUCGCUUAGGCGCCUCACUCUUGUAUAUUUUAAAAAGGAAAAAUUUUAGAAUUGUCUUUAGUGUAUCAAACCCAUUUCUAACACUUGCGUCAGUAAAGAUUUGGAUAUUUAAAGCUCCUUUAUUCCCUGCCUUCCCCCUGUCUGUUUGACCCUUAACCUGUUUAGUUGCUUUCUUACAUCUGUGCUUUGCAUUUACUUCCUUCUUCUGUUCCGCAUGUGUGUAUAUUAUCAUGGUAUAAUUUAUUCUGCUGUAUGAAGUAUUAGAGUAGUGGGAAACUUGUACUGGUAUUUACUACCUUCAGCCUGUUGGUGUGUUUACUGUAACACUGGCGUAACUGUUAUCAAUUAAAGAUCCAAAACUGA